AUGGAGGUGUUUGGAGAAGAUUCCCGAACUACAGGUCAAGACACCCCUCCCCCACCCCGUGGACUCCAGCCAAGCUCAGCCCGCAGCCCAGACAGCACAACCGAGAAACGACCAGAUCCAGGGGAGUCCUUCCUGGUGAAACUGCGUCCCUGCCAGGACCUGGACAGUGACCAGCCCCUGAACAGCCAUGAUGCCACCCCACCGCACAAGCCCCGCACCCGCCUGGAGACCUUCAAAAGGGUGGGGGUCCCAGUCCUCGCGGCGCUGCUGAGCCUGGUAACCAUCAUCACCGUGGCCAUCCUCAUUAAGGUGAUUCUGAAUAAAUACUACUUCAUCUGCCAACACCCCCUGACCUUCGUCCCGAGGACGCAGGUGUGUGAUGGGCAGCCCGACUGCACCUCGGGAGAGGACGAGGCAGACUGUGUCAAGGACUUCCCUGAGAGACCCACGGUGGCAGUCCGCCUCUCCAAGGACCGAUCGACUCUACAAGUACUGGACCCGGUCACAGGGAACUGGGCCUCUGCCUGUUUUGACAACUUCACAGAAGCCCUGGCCAAGACAGCCUGUGGACAGAUGGGCUAUCACAGCCAACCGACUUUCAGAGCAGUGGAGAUCAUGCCAGACCAGAACCUGAUUGUUCUUCAGGUUACAGAAAAAAACCAGGAGCUUCAGGCUCAGAACUCAAGUGGACCCUGUGUCUCAGGCUCCCUGGUUUCUCUGCAAUGCCUGGCCUGUGGGAAGAGUCUGAAGAGUCCCAGGGUGGUCGGUGGGGAGGAGGCCUCUGUGGAAUCGUGGCCUUGGCAGGUGAGCGUCCAGUACAAUCAGCAGCAUGUCUGUGGUGGGAGCAUCCUCGACCCCCUCUGGAUCCUCACAGCGGCCCACUGCUUCAGGAAGUAUCUGGAUGUGUCCAACUGGAAGGUGAGGGCCGGCUCAGACCAACUGGGCAAUUUCCCAUCCCUGCCUGUGGCCAAGAUCUUCGUCACCAAACACAACCCCUUGUCCCCCAAGGAGAAGGACAUUGCUCUCGUAAAGCUGCAGCACCCACUCACAUUCUCAGCCACAGUAAGACCCAUCUGCCUGCCCUUCUUUGAUGAGAGGCUCGCACCAGCCACCCCGCUCUGGGUCAUCGGAUGGGGCUUUACAGAGCAGAAUGGAGGAAAGAUGUCUGACACGCUGCUGCAGGCGACAGUCCAGGUGAUCGACAGCACACGGUGCAACGCUGAGGAUGCCUACCAGGGGGAAGUGAGCGAGAAGAUGCUGUGUGCAGGCCUCCCAGGUGGUGGUGUGGAUACCUGCCAGGGUGACAGCGGCGGGCCCUUGAUGUACCAGUCUGACCAGUGGCAGGUGGUGGGCAUUGUGAGCUGGGGCUAUGGCUGUGGGGGUCCCAGCACCCCAGGAGUGUACACCAAGGUCACAGCCUAUCUUGACUGGAUCUACACCGUCCGGAAGUCUGAGCUGUAAAGCCGCUGACCCUCUUCAGUACCGAGCUGCUUCCCGCCCUUGCCCUGCACCCCCAGAACCCCCCAGAAGUCAGACACAGAGCCAGAGCCCCCAUCAGAGCCCCGCAUCUCUCGGAGCAGUGGAGGACCUCCAUUCCUGCGAGAGGCUUCCAGAGCUCUGGGGAAGGCAGCGGUGUGAGCUCAGCCACGCCCAGGCUCCCAGAAUCCCAGAGAAGCAACCUGUGGACCCCCAUGGCAGGCCAAGAAGGAGCACUUCCUCUCUACUGAAUGGACAGUGACUCCGUCAUGGGAGCCCAGGUCACCAACACUGAGUGGAGGAGGAAAGAGUCUGACCAGCCCUCCCCUCCUUCAUCUAUUCCUAAGCCCACUGCAGCAAGAAACCAGUUGCAAUGUAAACGUCAUCACCUCACGUCUGUAGCUGCUACCAUUACCCACCCUUUUACCAUGGGCUUUAUGUGGAAAGACAGUCCACAAGAACUUAAGUCUCCUUCCUCGCCAACACUUGCAACUUGCUGUUGAAAAAAAGUGUUUUAGCAAUCAGAAAAUAGGACAAGGAGAUUC